AUGUCCCCUCUGCUCUCCUGCUGCUUGGGCUCCAAAUCUUUACCUCCGCAACUUCGCCCACUACACAACUUUCCACUGGCGCCGCAGAAGGACCACUCAGAGGAAGCAGACGACGGCAGCGGCAGCGCGGGAGACGCUGCUGCUGCUACUGCUGCUGCUGCUGAGGCCCCAGCAGCUGCAGCAGCAGCAGAAGCAGGCACCUCGGAAGCCGAGUCAGCAGCAGCAGCUCUAGACGCACCCAAACCCGGCUCUCCAGAGCCAGAAGCCCCUGCUGUUGCAGCAGCAGCUUCGCAGCCCUCCUCCCCCACUGCAACCGCACCAGCAGCAGCAGCGGCAGCAGCAGCAGCAGCAGCUGCAAGUAGUGCCACGGCUGCAGAAGGCCGUCCAUCCCGGCAGCGUCGGUGCGGGCCUUCCCCAUGCGGAGUUGCUGCUGCUGCUGCUUCUGUUGCUGCGUCUCCCGCUGCAGCAGCCGCCGCCCCCUCCCCCGCAGCAGCAGCAGCAGCAGCAGCAACAGCAGCAGCGGGGCGCCCGCCCCGCCGCCCGCCGCCGGCCUGCCACUACCACUGCGGACUCUGCGCCUACACCCACUCCUCUUUUGCUGCUCUUAGGCUGCAUGCAAAAGCAGCACAUUCCAAUUAUAAGGAGGGGGGCCCCCCAACAGCACAAAUGGCAGCAGGGGCUGCAGCAGACACAAAUGCAGCGGACGGCGACAGACAGCCUUUCGAGCACCAGCAGCAGCAGCAGCAGCAGCAGCAGCAGCAGCAGCAGGUCCAGCAGCAGCAGCAGUGCCCAGGGGCCCCUCUGGGGGGUUAUUUGGGGGCACCAUCCAGGCAGCCAGCAGCAGGGGGCCCCCCUUUCAGCAAAUCCUCUUCAGCUCAGCAAGGCCCAGAAGGGACAGCAGCAGGGGCCCUGGGGGCCCCUGCAGCAGCAAAGGACUGCAGCAAGACAGGGGGCCCCACAGCAGGUCUUGGGGGGCCCCCAGUAGCUGCUGGGAGGCCCCCCAAAUCCUGGGGGCCCCCAAGUGGAGCAAAGCCUUGCAGCAGAUUGGCCCCCUUGAAGAGCUGCUUGAGCGUCGGCACGCGAGGGUCGCCUGCUGCAGCAGCAGCAGUAGCAGGGGGCGAGCAGCAGCAGCAAAUAGGGGAGCAGCAGCGGCAGCAGCAGCAGCAGCAGAGGCGGCGCGUUGCUUUUGGGUCGCAUGUUAGAGUGAGGCUGGUGGACAAGGAGCUGUCAACGAUGGAGCAGCUUGGCGCUUUGCUGGAUGUGCUGGAGCAGCAGGUGCUGCAGCAGGCAAUGCAGCAGGCAAUGCAGCAGCAGGUGCUGCAGCAGCAGGUGCUGCAGCAGCAGAUGCCGCAGCAGCGGGUGCUGCAGCAGCAGCAGGUUCUGCAACAGCAGGUGCCGCGGCAGCGGGUGCUGCAGCAGCAGGUGCCGCAGCAGCAGGUGCUGCAGUAG